UUUUGCGAGAAAUGGCGAAUUAAGAGGAUUCAGUUUCCUAGAGGGAUUUAACAGUGAGUGAGGAUAAUUCAUGCCUGUUUUUGGUUGCGGAGUAACGCUAUGGGAAACACUAGCAGCGAGAGAAGUGGCGUGAGUCAUGGAGAGAAAGCGCAACGACGAGAGAGCCGCGGUGCCAAAGACGGUGCCCGUCCCAGAAUCCUAAUGGAUAGCACUGAGGACGCGGACAUAUUCCAACCAGAUGAUGCAAAGGAGUACCUGGCCUGGCAGAAAGAUCUGGAAGCUGAGGCAAAGGCUCCGCCGGAGGAGAGGCCCACUGUGUUCUGUUGGACAGGCACCGGCAAAGACAUUUACGUGUCAGGCUCAUUCAACAACUGGGCCUCCAAGAUCCCUCUUAACAAGAGUCACAAUAAUUUUGUAGCGAUUGUUAAUCUUCCGGAGGGAGAGCAUCAGUAUAAGUAUUACGUGGACGGUCACUGGACUCUGGACCCUAAAGAGCCUGUUGUGACCACUAAGUCUGGCGCCGUGAAUAACGUCAUCCAGGUGAAGAACAGCGACUUCGAAGUCUUUGACGCGCUGAAGACAGACUCAGAGAAAUGCGCCGACACGUCGGAUCUCUCCAGUUCUCCUCCUGGACCGUACCAGCAGGAGGCGUACUCCGUCAAACUGGACGAGAGGCACAAAUCACCUCCCAUUCUCCCUCCCCAUCUGCUCCAGGUGUUACUCAACAAAGACACGGGGGUCUCAUGUGAUCCAGCUCUGCUUCCUGAGCCUAAUCACGUGAUGCUUAAUCACCUCUACGCUCUCUCCAUUAAGGAUGGCGUGAUGGUUCUCAGUGCAACUCACCGUUACAAAAAGAAAUACGUCACCACGCUGUUGUAUAAACCCAUCUGAUCCGUAGGCAGCGUGUGCAUGUGAGUGUGUGUGUGUGUGUGCACGUGAGUGUGUGUUUGAGUGUGUGGCUUGGUGGGUUGAAGACAGGAAUAAGAAAGUGAAAUUGUCUUUGCUUAGAAAUUGUUUGACAAAUAUAUCAUAUGAAUGAUGAGGUAAGAGCCAGUCUAACUGAUGGCUUGUAAUAUCAGUUUGAAUGAACGUAUGUAUCCAGACUUGACACCUGUUGUGGUGUGUUUUCUUUAUCACUUCACAUGAAGUGGUUGAAGGACUAAAAUUAUUGUCUGUCUCUCUCUCUUCCACUCAUCCUAAAUUAUGGACCAUUGUAGCACAAUUAUAUACUUUUUUUUUUGGCAGAUCAAAUUAAGCGGUCAUACAUUUGAAUUGAUUUAUGAUAUGUGGAAUAAUGUUGAGAUUAUUUUUGAGAGCUUUUCGAGAUCUAACACUCAUUAUUGCUGUUAUUAUCUACAGAUAUGACUACUACAUAUUGUAUGUGUACUGUGAUUGGUUUGUGUGUAUUUUAAAAGUAA